GGAUGAAUACGGUCAAGCUAAUGACCUUCUAAACAAGCGCUUGCGGGAGGCAACCCGAUUCUUUUUUCUAUUUUCCUUAAUAUUUUAUACUUUAUCUUUCAGUUUAUGUCUGUGUUAUGCUGUUUUACAGAGAGUAUCAAGCUAAGCACGAAGUGGGAUGUCAAGAGAGCAGUCAAAGAUCGAGUUAUCGCGUUUUUGCUCUUCGCCCGGUCAGACCGGGCAAAUUCCGCCCGAUCGGGCGCGAGAAACAGAGAGCCAAAAAGAAGAGUAUGAAGCUAAGCUUCUCUCCGCCCGAUCAGACCGGGCAAAGCCCGCCCGAUCGGGCGCGAGUAGCAGAAUCUGAAAAAAAAAAAAAAAAAAAAAAAAAAAAAGGAAUUGAAGUCCAGUCUUCUUCGCCCGGUCAGACCGGGCAAAGAGCGCCCGAUCGGGCGCGAUGGAAUCCUGCGGGUUUAUAUUAGGAUUUCAGCAUCUUCUCUCAUUCCCAUUCCUCAAACUCUCAUACCCUCUACUCUUUCUCUCUCUAAAAAUCCCCAAUUCUAAAACCCUAACUUCAUCUCCCAUCCAAUUUCAUCAAGAUUCAACAAUCAAAUCCCUCUUUGUUCAACCUCAAGAAAACCCCAGGCUAUCUCACCACUCACAUAAUUUCGAGCUUUUGAAGAUGUCUCAAAGGAAAAGAACGAGAAGCACACCCCAACAACAACCACAAUUGGACUUGGAAAGUGUAACCGGGUACCCACACGUGGUUUUCGUUCCGGAAUUCCCAAACCAAAAGCAGCGGUUCAUCGAGCUCUCGCGCCGAAAGGCAAGGGUAUAUCCCGAGGGAUGGUCCCCAUCCUUCUUGGUAUCACUUUCCCGGUGCGGGAGAUAUGGCAGGUGGCAGUGGCACAGCUGGUGUCGAGGAUGAUGGUGUUGAUGAUGAUGAUGUUGAUGAUGAUGAUGUUGAUGAUGAUGAUGUUGGUGGUGAUGAUGAUGGCCCCUCCGCUUCCUUUUGAGGAGCCGUCGAGUUUCCUAUGCUCUCCUUAAGCUGCAAUGAGGCCAUUGCCGCGUUUAGCUUGGGGGAGUUACUUCGUACAUGUUGGUAUUCUCUCUCCUUAUCUCUCUUAUCUUUCUUGUUUUAUUUUA